CGACGCCCCAAUGAUGACCAGCACUACCGGCGUCUCAAGCCUCGUUCCAGCGUCUGAUCCGCCCCGCUCCCCGCACGUGACCGGCACUUCCUGCGUCCCAAGCCUCGUUUCUAUUCCAGCCAGGUGCUCAGAUUUCCCGUCCCCCAGGUGAUUGCUGCCAGUGACCCGCUCCACUAUUACAACUACCGUGCAGUGAGGACCGAGACGAAAUCACAGGAGGGUGAAACCUGUCCUGUAUAAAUCACCGAGUCAUUGAGGAUGGACACGGACAGGAGCCCUGUGACUGAGAGGAUAUUAAAUCUCACCCUGGAGAUCAUCUACCUGCUGACUGGGGAGGGUUACACAGUGGUGAAGAAGACAUCCAGUGACUGUGUGACACCCAGCAGCUGUCCCCGUGUGUCAGGAGGACAGAGCAGGACCCACAGCCCAAUCACGGUGCCUCCACCUCACUCACUAAUACAUGAGAGGCACAAUGACCAGAAGAUCCUGGAACUCACCAACAAGAUCAUUCAGCUGCCUGCUGGAGAGGUUCCUAUAAGGUGUCAGGAUGUUACCGUCUGUUUCUCCAUGGAGGAGGGGGAGUAUAUAGAGGAACACAGGGGUCUGUACAAGGACGAGACGAUGGAGAUUCACCGGCCCCUCACAUCACUGGAUGGACCCAGUAACAGAGAUACCCCAGAGAGAUGUCCCUGUCCUCUGUAUUCCCAGGAUUGUACAGAGGAGAAUUACAGGAUCUCACAGGAGGAUCAGUGUAAAGCUCUGGCUGAUAUUAAGGUAGAAGUAAUAGAUGAAGAAGAAGAAGAGAUGUAUAUGACGGGUUUUCAGCAGUGUAAGGAGGAGGAAAUCCCUACAGAGAUCAGCACAGCAGAUGAAUGUAGCAGCCGGAAUAUCUCAGACCAUCAUCUCGUUUUAAUUCAGAAUUGUGAAGUAGAUGGUAUCACAAGAGAAUCUCCAGAAGAAAAUCCAAUAAUUCCAAUCAUAUAUCCAGUACCUCACCAUACUGAUAUGUCAUCUGAACCCUCUGGUCAUCAAAGAUAUUCUGAUAACGCUGAUAUUGCUACAUCUGUUACACCACCUACAGUAGAUACGUUUCCUUGUCCUAUAGAUGUCAAAUGUUUUACACAGAUCAAAAAGCGUAUUACCCAUCAGCCAGCUAAGAAACUUGAGAGGCAAUAUCCAUGUUCUGAGUGUGGAAAACAUUUUAGAUAUAAAUCACGUUUAAUAACACACGAGAGAACUCACACAGGUGAGAAGCCAUUUCCAUGCUCUGAGUGUGGGAAAUGUUUUACAGAUAAAUCAAAUCUUGCUACACAUAAGAGACGUCACACAGGUAAGAAGCCGUUUCCGUGCUCUGAGUGUGGGAAAUGUUUUACACUGAAAUCAGAUCUUGUUACACAUCAGAGACGUCACACAGGGCAGAAAUCCUUUCAAUGCUCUGAGUGUGGGAAAUGUUUUACAUAUAAAUCAAAUCUUGCUACACAUCGGAGACGUCACACUGGCGAGAAGCCAUUUCCAUGUUCUGAGUGUGGGAAAUGUUUUACCCUGAAAUCAGAGCUUGUUAAACAUCAGCAACAUCAUGCAGAUGAGAGGCCAUUUCCAUGCUCUCAGUGUGGAAAAUCCUUUACACGUAAAUCAUAUCUGGUUACUCAUCAGAGAACGCACACAAGAGAGAAGACAUAUCCGUGUUCUGAGUGUGGGAAAUGUUUUAGACUGAAAUCAGAAUUUGUUAGACAUCAGAGAACACACACAGGAAAGAGGUAAUUACCAUGUCCUGAGUGUGGGAAAUGUUUUACACACAAAUCAAUUCUUGUUAUACAUCAGAAAACACACACAGGAAAGAGGCUGUUUCCAUGUCUGGAGUGUGAGAAAUGCUUUUCAUGUAAAUCAAAUCUUGAUAAACAUCAGAGAACACGGGAAAGAGGCCAUUUUCAUGUCCUGAGUGUGGGAAAUGUUUUACACAUAAAUCAAAUCUUGUUGCUCAUCAGAGAAGUCACUCAGAUGAGAAGCCAAUUUCAUGUCCUGAGUAAAGCUGGUUACAUACUUAGUCUGUCUAAUCUGGUAAUACAGUAUAUGGGAGUAAAUGCCAACCAUUUGUUCCCAAAUGCUGGAAAACAUACAAAUUAGUUAAUUCCAUUUGAUUUAACAAAUUUAUCUGAACAAAUAUUUUUGUCCAUUUCCAGCAUUUGGGAGCAAAUGGUUGAUUGUCAUUUGCUCCCAUACAUGACCAGGUUUUUGUUCCCACCAGACAGAUUGGACAGAAAUCUUUCGGCGUAUACCCAGGUUAAGUGGAUUUGCUCAGGUGAUACUUUGUGUGUUUGCAAGUGAGAAUAUGUUAUUGAAAGAAUAAACCUCAGUAAGCAUAUUUCUUUACUCACCGGCUGUUUAUAGACCUUCACAUUUCUUUUUCAUUGCGGCAUCACUUACGUUACUGUAUUAAUUACAUUCUUGUAUAUUUGUUCAUUUUUCUUCUCAAACCUGGGAGACAAGUUCCUGCCAUAAACUUCCCCUCAAUUCUAAUUAAUGCAACAAUGAGUCCAAGUUCCCGGAGGAACGUGAGGCUAUAAAUGAACAUUUAAGGCCUGAUUCGGAGUUGCAGGUAAUGUGUCUGCAAUUCCUGUCACUUUCCUCGAACAAAAUUCUCAUGGCGGUAAUCGGAGUUAGAUGCGUUUUGUAUACACUCUGAACCCAUCUCUCCACUGACUAGAUCAGCCGCCAUGACCAGAAACUGUACUUACACAUACCCAAUACCAGGUGCAAAAUAUCCAACGGACAGUGACAUGGAAUGGCCAAAUGCACAACUUAUAUUAGCUCACAAUUGCAUCUAAAUAGCCACUGGAGACAGCUUUGCAUACAAACACCCAGUUGAGACACAAACUCCCAUUCAGCCGUAAGUUAGAUACAUUUGAGAUAUGGCCAGCUCGGAAUUGCUUGCAGUUACUCAAAGAUAUAACAAAGCAUAAAAAACACUGUCACACUAUCAGGAUACAGCAGCGGUGGGGUAUAAGGUCUGUCCUAUAUAUGGGUGCUCCUGAAGCUCCAUACAUUUGCAGUAUGUAUAUUUGUGUGUCCUGUAUAAGACGGCUCUCUCUCUCUCUCUCAUAUUAAAGCAGAGCGGAUGCUGCAAAGAUCUUUUUCAAACAAUUUUGUCAGUUUGUAUAGUGAUAUUUUCAUACAGACUACAUUGUAGUUUUAUUUUUCUGUCAUUUCUGAGAUCACUAUAUUUUAACUUCUUU